AUGUCUAAGAUUAGCACCACUCAGGUUAGAGAUAACGUCAAGGAGUUGUUGAAAUACUCCAACGAGACCAAAAAGAGAAACUUCUUGGAGACCGUUGAGUUGCAAGUUGGUUUGAAGAACUAUGACCCUCAAAGAGACAAGCGUUUCUCAGGUGCUUUGAAGUUGCCAGUUUGCCCAAGACCAAACAUGUCCGUUUGUAUUUUUGGUGACGCUUUUGACGUUGACAGAGCUAAGUCAGUUGGUGUGGAUGCCAUGUCGGUUGAUGACUUGAAGAAGUUGAACAAGAACAAGAAGUUGAUCAAGAAGUUGGCUAAGAAGUACAACGCCUUUGUUGCUUCUGAAGUCUUAAUCAAGCAGGUUCCUAGACUUUUGGGGCCUCAACUGUCCAAGGCCGGUAAGUUCCCAACCCCAGUUUCCCAUAACGAUGACUUGUACGGCAAGGUUACUGAUGUCAGAUCCACCAUCAAGUUCCAGUUGAAGAAGGUGUUGUGUUUGGCUGUCGCCGUGGGUAAUGUUGAGAUGGAUGAGGACACCUUGGUCAACCAAAUCUUGAUGUCUGUUAACUUCUUGGUCUCCUUGUUGAAGAAGAACUGGCAAAACGUCGGUUCCUUAGUUAUCAAGUCUACUAUGGGUCCAGCUUUCAGACUGUAUUAA